AUGAGCCUUCUCCUUGCCUUGGAGCUGCUGCUCUUCCUGCUCGCCUUGCCAUGCCUUUCUUCCGCCUCAAAUUCUACUCAUUCUUCACUGGAUCGGCAAGCGGAGGCACUUCUCCAGUGGAAAUCUAACCUAUUCUAUUAUCCUAUUGAUCUCCUGGACUCAUGGACAAAGGGAAGCAGCCCCUGUAACUGGACCGGCGUUGACUGCAGCAAAGCUGUGCCACGUGACCGUGACCAUGGUGAUGCUGCCUUAGCUGUGUCCAACAUUUCGCUUGGUCUCACAUCCGGAUCUUUCCAACAUCGAAUCAUAGGUUCCAUUGGAAGCAUAGGAAAUCUAGCAAGUUUGGAGUUCCUGUAUCUUUCGAACAAUCGGAUCACGGGUUCCAUUGGUAGCAUAGGAAAUCUAACAAGUUUAGAGUCCAUUGAUCUUUCGAACAAUCAGUUUAAUGGCCUAUUACCGCCAGAGUUAGGUUCUCCUGUUCAUCUCGUAUAUCUGGAUCUAAGAAGUAAUCAAAUUUUAGGAAACAUUCCACCUCAGAUAGGACAUUGUCGCUCCUUAUCGGCAUUACGCCUUCGGAACAACUUAUUGACAGGACAGAUACCACAAGAACUUGGUUAUCUUGCUAACCUAUACGAGCUUGAUUUGAAUAAAAACAAUUUAAGUGGUGCCAUCCCGGUGACUUUUUCUGUUCUUUACCAACUGUUUAGGCUGAAUUUAUCAUAUAAGAGUUUGGCUGGCAGAGGUCCAUCAAUCACUGCAACCUUGAUCUCACUUGACCAUAAUAUUGAUUUAUGUGGUGAUUCAUAUGUCUUAAGUCCAUGUAAAACACCGAAGCUCGACCUGGAACACCAAAGCAGAAAACAUCCACGUAUGGCACUUCUUGCUUUUUUUGCACCCUUUUCCUUGGCUUGCCUCUCAAUAGCAACCAUAACGGUUGUUUGUCGGAGAAAAAAGUGUGUAAAAAGUAUGGGCCAAAGAAAAUCUGGUGAUAUACUUUCUAUAUGGAAUUUUGAUGGGAAGAUCGCAUUUGAAGACAUAGUUGGUGCAACAGAAAAUUUCGAUGAGAAAUAUUGCAUUGGCGUCGGAGGAUACGGAUCUGUCUUCAGAGUUCAGCUUGAAGGCGGGAUUAAGUUUGCUGUCAAGCUCCUCCACUCAAUGGAAGAAUAUAACGACGAUGGCACCUUCCACGCUGAGAUUGAAGUGUUAACAAAAAUCAGACAUCGAUGUAUCUAUUCGGCUUCGGCGCUGGAACGGGAGACGGUUGCUUGUCGUUUGGAGGACCAGGAGACGAGGUUGGAUCCAAGGAAAACACAGAACCCGAAGGUGGAUUUCCGUGUGUCCGGGCAACCAGCCCAGUCGGCGACAGUGUAG